AUGACCCUCCUCACCCUCCUCCCCCUCCUCCUCGCCCUCCCCUCCACCCUCCCCUCCACCCUGGCCCAAGUCACAGCCUCCUACCCAAACGGCCCCACCAACCCCGACGCCCCCGAGUUCUACCCCCUGGGCUCGUACGUCAACCAAACCUCGGAGAGCCGUUUGAUCUCGCUCAAUAGCGUGGACGAUUUCUGUUUGUGGGGUCCGCCGGAGAAGGGGACCGGGGUGGAUACCGAGAUUGGGACGGUGGAGCCGAUUGUGGUGGCGUACUGUACAAAGCCGAGGAAUGGGGCGAGGUUGAUCCCGGAUGGGGCUAUCACUGGUGCUCAUUUUAUCAAGACGGACACUUACGUCCAAGUAUGGGGCUUCUGGGACGGUACACAAGUCAACAUCAACCAAGGCGACGAGGGCGGCGAGCUCGACCCCCACGGCGCCGAAAACCUCGGAAACCCCAUCGGCGGGAAUGCGACGUCCAACGUUGAAGGGAGGGAUGUGUUUUAUGAAGAGUGGAUGUCUUUUAUUUCGUAUGACCAGUUCUGUUUGAGGGUGUGCACGGCCGAGACGAACAAUGUCACGGCGGCGCUGCAGUGCGAGCAUGAACUUGAUGUGAUGGGAUGUCGAUUCGUCAUGGCCAUCGAGGACUUUUACGCAACAAACAACUCGUUCUCCUCCUGCGAAGGCGAGCCCGCCGCCCCUCCCGGCCUCUACCCCCUCUCCAACGGCUCCACCUCCACUUUCCGUCAACGCUACACUGGUACCUGGUCGAACGCUGAAGAGACGGGGAUGUUUACUGUGGGGCAGACUGUUACGCCCAGCAGUGUUGCUUUCUAUCCCGCGACAUCCAACUGCGUAACCUACCCCACCAUCUCAAACGGUAUCGACACCGCCAACUAUGCAGUCACCGCCACACCCUCCCUGCUCGUCUCUGGUUCCACCGUCGCUCCUUCUUCCAUCGGUACCACGUCGCAAGAGGCGCCGAGUGGUAUUUCGACCUCGAGUCCUACCACCACCGCCGCGGGGUCAGGCUCCUCUGCGGCGAGCGGGGCGGAAGCCUCGGACAGUGGGUCGAAUGGGAGUGGAGGGGGGGAUUCGGGGGCGGCUGCUUCGGCUUCCGGCUCUGGCUCUUCGUCCAGCGCUAGCGCUGCUGGGAGGGGGAGGCGCGUUGAGGGGGUGGUUCUGGCCGGGGUGGUGGGGCUUGUCGGCGCCGUCAUCGGUGCCGCCACUUUACUCUAA